ACGCCCCGAGAGAAUGCACUUGUUUGUUGGUUUUGAGUUCGGUCUUGAAAAAAAUAGUUGUUGGGAGUGGUUGAUGUGAUUCUAAUUUGUGGGAGAAAGAAUUCGUGCCAGCAAUGGCUACGACACGGUCAAAAGGCCAGAAAUCCCAGGGUGCCUACCCAUCGUUGGCGGGGAAAGUAGAAACGAGUGAGCUUCUCCGACGCUUGAAGGCGUGCGGCCAGUCUUUGACGAAGACUGACCAAGAUCAGGACAAAGCGGAUCGUCGUGGCUCGGAGCUGGAGCGUGUUGCACGAGAGCUCGUGUCACCGCAGAUCCUCCAGCAUGCCGACCGUACUGUACGCCUGGUGGCGGCGUGUUGCCUCUCCGACGUGCUGAGAAUUUUUGCUCCAGAGCCACCAUACACGGCAACUGAAAAGCAGGAAGUACUGGAGCUGUUUGUCAAGUCCUUGCACGUCCUUGCCAACCGCGAGGCGAAGGACUUCAGUCGCGCCUAUUACCUGUUGGAGAACAUAUCCAUUGUGAAGUUGUUCUUGCUGUGUAUGGAAUUGGACGAUGCCGACGACCUCAUCUCCAGUGUCUUUCGGCUAUUCUUUGAAAUCGUUGAUGAGAACCAUUCCAUAAAGAUCCGCACCUACUUCCUGGACAUCCUCAGUGGAUUCAUUGUCGAGCAGGAGACCAUGCCUCAGCCCGUCCUGGACUCCAUUCUGAUGCAGCUGACAGAGGAGAUGCAAGUCAGCCCUGCUGCAGGAGCGCUGUCUAGAGAGCUGCUACAGAAGUGCUCCUCUUGCUUGGAGCCAUAUAUUCAGCAGUAUUUUAACCGGGCACUCCUAGUUGGCAAGAGCAGCGAGAGCGACCUGGGAGACUCUAACAUGUACGAGCUCAUCUUUGAGCUGAACCAGGCGGCACCCAGCGUUCUACUGUCUGUGCUUCCGCAGUUGGAGUUCAAACUGAAGAGCACGGAUAAGGAAGAGCGCGAAGAGGUAGCUCGGCUGCUGGCACGUAUGUUUGCAAGUCCAGACAGCUCGCUGGCGGAGGAGAACGGACCGCUCUGGCGCUGUUGGCUUGGCCGGUUCCGCGAUAUUGUACCCGCAAUCCGCUGCAUUUGCGUUCAGUUCAGCAAGUACUUCCUUGUCUACCAUCCGUCACUGGCGCACGAGACUGAAGCUGCGCUGGAGAAGGCUGCGUUUGACCCGGAUGAAAGCGUGCGGAGCACCGUUGUCGUGACACUGCAGGAGACCGCUCUCCAGGACAUCAACUGCAUGACGGACAAGCUGUGGGCACUCCUCCAGAAGAGACUACUCGACAAGAAGGUGACCGUGCGCUUGGACACCAUGACCACCCUGGCCAAUAUCUACCACACCGUGCAUUUGCGCUGCUUGAACAAGAGCGGCGACCGGGCGGACAAGCAGCUCCUCAAGCGCCUGGCCUGGAUUCCAAACAAGAUCUUUCAGCUCUACUACCAGCCGACCGCCGAGGAUAGUCUUGGUGUGGAGCGUAGCCUGCACAUGCAUCUUGUGCCGGUCACAGCGAGUGAUGAACAGCGCCUUCAGUUGCUGCUCAACAUCUACACUAUCCUAGACGAUAUUGCCAUGCGUGCCUUCAAUGAGAUGGUGAAGAAACGUGAAACCGUACGACGAGGACUAGUGGAUCUGCUGGCGGCGUAUAAGGCUGCCGAUAAGCCACGCUGUGCUGCACAAUGCAUACACUUAGCUAAGAAUCUACCUGAUACCAGCAAGGCACACGAUCACUUGAAGCAAUUUGUUGGCAUGCUGAAGAACCGCAAUCUCUACGACGGCCUCGUCAACUGUACGAACAUGGAGAAAGGAUGCGAGUCUGUUCGCAAGGCAGUGCUCGGUGUGUCCAAGGAAGUGCAGGAAAUCAAUGUGAAGGCAGUCAUAGUACCAACGCUGAAAGCACUAUUGGAUCGUGCCGCUCCUCUGCUGGUGGACUCCGGUUUCGUGUCUCUCCUGCUGCGGCGGGUUGCAAGUGACGUUGACUUUGCCAUGAAUGACGACAGCGACUCCGACAGCAGCGAGGACAGUGAUGAGGAGAGUGACAAUGGUGGCGCUGGCAGGGGAGGCAUGGCUCGCCGUCGCGGUGCACCACAGCGGCGCAGUAAGCGCAAAGACUCGGCUCAAAGUGGACAGCUGCCGUUGGCUUGCAAACGGGGACUCCAGCUGGUCAUGGCAUUCUCCGUCCAGUACCCGGUGCUGUUUCAAAUGCAGGAGGUUUAUGAGCAGCUCCUGUCGUUUCUGAAGCAUGACUCGCCAUUUGUUGUUGAGUCUGCAUUAUUCAUUCUGAUGAGCGUCGGUGGUGACGUGGAGAAAGCCUACCCAAGCAUCGCAUCAUGCCUUGGUCCGAUCUUGAAGCAGCUGGCAAUCAAAGGCACUCCCAGGCAGGCAAAGUUCUCGCUCCGCUGCCUGCAGAAACUCCUCAGCAAUUCCAGCGCGCUGAUAGAUCAGGUGUUACAGAAUUAUGUGAAGGACCUGAGUUACGACAAGGACAAUCUGCUGACAGUAAUCACUGGCCUGGGCCAUGUCGCCCUGCUGGCCCCUACCUUGUUUGCUCCGCACCAGAAGACUGUCAUUCGCAACUUCCUUGUCAAGCAUCUCCUGGUCAAAGACAGAGAAGGCAGGGGCUUCAGAGAAAAGGACCCGGAGUGGUCCGACGACAACCGUGUAUCCAGAGAAACCUUCCUCAAGAUAUCAUCCCUGAAGUUACUCGUACGUUGGCUAUCCGCAUUGCCAGCAGAGGAGGAAGCAUCAUCAAGUGCCCCCGUCCUGAGAUUGCUGCACUGCAUGCUACAGAAUGAGGGUGAUCUCAACGCACACGGAAAGACAGUGGCUUGGGAGAAGUCUCGGUUACGCCUAUGUGCCGCCUGCUGUCUGCUCAAAGUAGCCUCAAUGGAGCGAUUUUGUACGCAAGUGGAUUCUGACAUGUUCCUUGACCUUUCACUCAUGGUCCAGGAUUCUUGCCUGCAAGUUCGGACUUCUUUCACUAACAAGCUACAGAAAUGGUUAUCACGAAUGGUUCUUCCCGUCUCCUAUCUCAGCAUGCUGGCUCUUGCUGCACCAGACCCGGUCAAGGAUCAAAAGAACCGGAUGAGACACAGCCUGAAUCAGAGCAUAGCGUCACGCAGAGAUCUUGUCAAAACCAACACAUCACUGGCUGACAAAGUUGAAGUCAUCUUGCCGGAGUACGCUGUUCCGUUUCUCAUCCACUUACUUGCUCAUCAUCCCGACUUACAGGAGCAAACUCAGGAUUGCUUGGCUCAACUAAAGGACUAUCUCUGGUUCUUUUUGGAACCGCCAAUGCUACGCGGCGAUACGUAUGGCUUCUUGAAGAAGAUGAUCGAGACCAUUAAGCAGACUAAGGAUGUCUCAGCACCGACUGAUCCUGCGGAGAACGAAGCAGCGCAGAAGCGUCUGUAUGUGGUGUGCGACAUUGCGCUGGGUUUGAUGGCGAACCGGGUGACUCACUUCACGUCUGAGCCGUUCCCCGGUCGCAUUGUCAUUCCACGGCGGAUCUUUGAAGGCGUAGCGAAAGAUGCACCGCUGAAUACCAACAAGUAUUUGCCGCCAGCGUUCUCCUUCUCACCCGUCGGAAAGAAGAAGCUUAUGGACACGGGGGCGUCGUCUGUUUCCAAAGCAACCACAGGCAGCGUGUCAACAAAGGAAACAACAAAAACCGAGAAAACUGUGUCCAAGUCCCGAACUGCUCCAGCUCUACCUGCAAGCUCGCGGCCGUCGCGAUCGGCCAAAUCCGCAGCCACCAUGCAGCUCCUGUCGGCUGCCGACCGGGACUCUAGCGAUGACAAUGAUGAUGAGGACGACGAGGAGGAAGACGACAGCGGCAACGAGAGUGAAGGCGACGAGGCCAUGGAGCUGGUGGACAGCAAGGAUGUAUUCUCAUCGUCCGCCGAGCCGUCGUCGGAGUCCCAGGACACGCGCUCACCAGAGCGCGAGGAGAGUGCACCGGCCAAGGGUGGCCGUUCCCGGGCGCUGAAGCAGACCACACUGACCGGGUCAGUUGUUACCGGCAGCAGUCGGCGCGGUGGUGGUGCACGCUCCCAGCAACGCCAGGACAGCAGUGAGAAUCGUAUUCGCUCACCCACCAAGCCAACAUCAAGACGGGGCAGAUCACCAACGAGGACACCGGCCAAGGCAGCAGCGUCACUAGCAUCGGGAACAGCGGCAAAGGUCUCCACUCCGGUUACGAUAAGCCCAGUGGCAUCGGAAAACGCUGCAACGAUGGCCAAGCUCAAUUCCUCGUUGGGCACUAGCGCCGCCGAGGAGAAGACCAAGUCACCGAAGAAGAGCACCAAGGCGGCUCCUGCUGGUGCUAAGAGGUCACUGGCAGCAGAGUUGAAAGUCACGGCCACCGACAGAGAUGAGGAAGAGGACGCCACCACGUCCACGCGUAAGAAAGCACACAAAGCAGCCCCGGCGUCGCCUGGGAAGCGAAAACGCGGCACCAACAUGUCUGAGCUGGCAUCAGUCGAAGAGAAUGAUGAUGAUGACGACGAGGAUAUGGAGGACGGAACGGAUGGCGCUGCGCCAGCCGAGACCAAAUCUGCCAGCUCACCACAAGCCAAACGUGCCCGGGCAGCGCCAAAGAAGACCACGUCAGCAGCAGCAGCAGCAACGAGCGGUGGAUCAGAAGAUUCUGGUGUCCGAGUGCCAAAUGUGAAACGUGCGUCCACUCGCAGAAGAUAGCCUGGGACCUUGGUGUCCGCGUUACUGUUGCCGCUGGCUGGCCGGUAUUUGUACAGUGUGUGCGUGUACGAGUGUUGUCAUGGGCACAUACGCACGCACACACACAUGCACACACAUACACACACGCACGGAGUGGCGUCCCUCCUCUCCCCCCCCCCCCCCUUACUCCCUGCAUGCACAGAAUACUGCUCACCUUAUCCCAUGCACAGAAUAAAUAUCCAAAGAAACCUUAGUCCAAAUCCUUUAGUCCAGUCAUGAAUACUGAACCAUACUGGUGUCUGUAGAACAUGAUACUGCUUUCUUUGCAUGCCUCACUAGCAGAUCCUUACGAAAACUACAGUGUUGCCUUUGCAUGAAAAACACUGGAAGCGCUUUUUUGACUUAGCAUUUGCAUCACACCGUGUUGGUGUCGCUGCGCCAUCUCUAGCUUUUAUUAUUACUAAUUUUUUUGGGGUGUAUCGCACCUGUACGAAGUGUAUGUGCGCGGGGUUGGCUCCCGGGCAAAUUUUCUUGAGUUUCUUGAUGUGAUAACUUUACGUGGAGUCUCGCUGGCCCUGGUGGGCGGCCGUUAGUGUGCUGUUCGUCGUCGUCAGCUUGUCUGGUUUCUUUUCUUCCUUUUUGUUUUCGCCUAGACUUGUGUAUACUGCACAGUCAUAGCAUUUUUAGACCAUAACUGUGUGUGUAUGUUUGCCAUUCAAUCAUGUGCUCUUUGUGCAUGCUCUCUACGCGUGUAGGUGUCACUACACAUUAUCUAGCUUUCCCCCACUAUGUUUUAGUAGCUAUAUAUAUGCAUGACGUUAAUUUUUUCUCAUCGGUUUCCCUGACGACAAGUUUGUUGUAUCAA